AUGGAUCGGUCGAAACCGACUCUGUUCCCUAACUUGACUAGUUACACGACGACGUGGACGACUACUAAUUCCGAUGGAUCGGUCGAAACCGACUCUGGAGUCGUCAUUGUGAGCACCAACUCUGCGGGUUCGUUCUUCACUACUACGUCUGAGUUCCCUAACUUGACUAGUUACACGACGACAUGGACGACUACUAAUUCCGAUGGAUCGGUCGAAACCGACUCUGGAGUCGUCAUUGUGAGCACCAACUCUGCGGGUUCGUUCUUCACUACUACGUCUGAGUUCCCUAACUUGACUAGUUACACGACGACAUGGACGACUACUAAUUCCGAUGGAUCGGUCGAAACCGACUCUGGUAUUGUGAUCAUCAGCACCAACUCUGCGGGUUCGUUCUUCACUACUACGUCUGAGUUCCCUAACUUGACUAGUUACACCACGACAUGGACGACUACUAAUUCCGACGGUUCGUUCGAAACCGACUCUGGAGUCGUCAUUGUGAGCACCAACUCUGCGGGAUCGUUCUUCACUACUACGUCUGAGUUCCCUAACUUGACUAGUUACACGACGACAUGGACGACUACUAAUUCCGAUGGAUCGGUCGAAACCGACUCUGGUAUUGUGAUCAUCAGCACCAACUCUGCGGGUUCGUUCUUCACUACUACGUCUGAGUUCCCUAACUUGACUAGUUACACGACGACGUGGACGACUACUAAUUCCGAUGGAUCGGUCGAAACCGACUCUGGUAUUGUGAUCAUCAGCACCAACUCUGCGGAUCGUUCUUCACUACUACGUCUGAGUUCCCUAACUUGA